CUGCUGGACGUGCGCUUCCAGCAGAUCAGCAGCGUCCGCGACCGCCGCCGCGCGGUGCUUCUGGACCUGGGCUUCUCAGGGCUCUGGUCCUUCCUCUGGUUCGUGGGCUUCUGCUUCCUUACCAACCAGUGGCAGCGCACGGCGCCCGGGCCUGGCACCACGCAGGCGGCAGACGCUGCCCGGGCGGCCAUCGCCUUCAGCUUCUUCUCCAUCCUCAGCUGGGUGGCGCUCACCGUGAAGGCCCUGCAGCGGUUCCGCCUGGGCACCGACAUGUCACUCUUUGCCACCGAACAGCUGGGUGCCGGGGCUGGCCAGGCCUACCCGGGCUACCCGGUGGGCAGCGGCGUGGAGGGCACCGAGACCUACCAGAGCCCGCCCUUCACCGAGACCCUGGACACCAGCCCCAAAGGGUACCAGGUGCCUGCCUACUAGAGGUGGGCAGCCCUGGCCCAGGGCACAGAGGCCGCCUGGGACUUCUCUCAGGACCUCCUGGCCAAGGGGGAGCGGCGGUGACCACGGCCGGCUGUCUGGGGCUGAAAAGAGGCAGUGCCCAAGGAGCCUGGGCUGUCGAGCCAAGUUCCCCUUAGCCCCAGUCCUGGCCUGAGGGCCUGAGGCGAGCACAGCUCAGCCCUAGACAAGCGUCCAGCCCCCAGCGGGUCAGUCUGAGCAGGGGGUGUGCCCUCACCACGCAGCAGCCCAGGCUCACCUGUCCACACGGGGCAGGGGCCCAGCUGCCCUGACAGAGGCAGGGCCCACCCAGACCCUUGCUGGUGGCCAGGAAGUGUGGUCUCUGCGCGCACCCGUGUCCAGUGGGCGGCGGCUGCCUGGCUGUUGUCCCGGUGGUCUGUCCCUAGGCCGUGGCAUCCAGCGGCCCUGCCCCUCCAGCUUGUCAGUAGCCAGGCUGUCAUGUGUGCUUGUGCCAAGUCCAGCCUCGCCCUGUAGCCCCCACAAGCAGCCCCUGUGUGUGGCCCCCGCCGCAGCACCCACGUCCUGGCCGGUGCCGGUGCUCCCGAGACCCCCUCCGGAGACCCUGCCGGGAGGCACAGGACGCGGUGGGAGGGGCUCGCCUGCCCGCAGGGCGCGCCCAUUCCACGCUGGCCCGUCCGGGCGCCUG